CUUAUAUAUGGCGUAUGUCAGGGUGUAACCAAGGGGUACACCAAACUUUUUGUAAUUCUUCCGAUAAGUACCGUCUCUAACAUUACCAGCGUCGAAAUACCUGCUUCCGAACUGUCGGAACCAACCCGGACCCGUAUCCGAUAGUCAACAAACCAACCUCCUGUCUUCUGCGGUUCUCCCCGGAGGUAGAAUGGUAGCUGUCGUUGAAGCUCGUCAGCUCAGCUUUCCCAAGCCUCCGCCGCUUUCUCUUUCUCUAUCUUCUCCCCACGUCACAUCUCUCCUCUUCGAGCCUACGUUUCUCUCUCUAGCCCUCUCUCACUCCGAUUCCUCUUUCUCCCUCUACCAUUCUUUCUCUCCCCUUUCCCUCCCUCCCCCCUUUUCAAUCCCACCUCCGAAAACCCUAGUCCCGCCGCCGGUCUCCUCCGCCACCUUCCUUAUCCUGCGCGACGCUAACCCGAACCCUAAUUCUCUAUUCAUCGCUUCCUCGCCUCUCUCCGGCGGGUCUGCUGUCCUGCUCCGGUUCUACAUCCUUAGUCCCGCUAGAAAAGCGUUCAUUAGAGCCAGAGUUAUAUGCAAUCACAGUGAUAUCCGAUCGGAAGAGGGAAAAUUCGGGGUCGUUUUUGGGGUCAGUCACGGUGUUUCGGUGAAAUUGGCUGGGUCAGUCAAUGUGUUUGCAAUGUACUCGAUUUCGAAUUCAAAGAUUUGGGUUUUUUCCGUGAAGCACCUGGGCAAUGAUGAAGUGAAAUUGAUGAAGUGUGCCGUCAUUGAUUGCUCCAUGCCAGUGUUUUCAAUGAGUCUUUCAUUCGGGUUCCUUAUCAUGGGGGAAGAAAAUGGUGUUAGGGUUCUACCUUUAAGGCCACUGAUUAAAGGUACAGCUAAAAAAGAUAAAGGCUUGAGUAAGAAGAAUACUAUCAAUGCAUUGGAACGAGAUAGUAAGAUGGGCAAUAAAAGAGUGAAUUUGCAAAAUGGGACGAGUAAUGUAGUGAAUGGAUUUGAUUCAAAGAUUUUAUUCACCAAUAGGGCCGAAAUUGCGGGCAGUGAAACAGAAUUGAAGUUGAACUCUAGUAGUCAUUUUGAAAAGAGAAGUGAUCAACAUUCCCAUUCUGCAAAGUUGAAGUGUGCUAAACUGAGACAAGAUUCCGGAGGUUGGGGUGUCAGUUAUUUUGCAUUCGAGCAGGUGGACAAUUUGGAAUCUGUGAAAGUGCCUAUAAAAUCGGUCAAGGCUAUAAGCAUUCAGGCCUUAUCUGCAAGCAAGUUUCUGAUAUUGGACUCUGUCGGAAAUCUGCGCAUCUUGUUCCUUGCCACUUAUGCCCCUGGUUAUAAGAUUCAUGGUCGCAUGAAACGGUUGAGUCUCACCUUGAGAGUGCAGAGGAUGGCUGUACUUCCUGAUAACUCAGCUAGUACACAAGCUGUUUGGUUGUCAGAUGGGCUCCACAGCAUACAUGUGAUGGUGUUAAAUGAUACAGAAAGUUCCGUUAGUGAAAUAGAAAACAAGGAGACUGAUGAGAUGCAAACUUCAGUUCCACAAGCCAUAUUUUCAAGCGAAAUAAUCCAAGAAAUUGCACCUGUGACUGCAAAUUCAGCCAUGCUACUUGGACAAGGCAGGAAGCAUAUUUGUAUAUGCAAUUUCCUAAUGGUGUUCAAUCUCUCUGUCAGUGAAUUUGAUGAUGUGUGCUUCACGGAAUGUGUUUUUGGGAUUGAGCUCUAAGCACAUUUGGUUUAAUGUCCACAGGAGUUUUGCAAAAGCGGUCUCAAUAUGGUUGCUGAAGGUCUACAUUCUCAGAGCAAUCCAUGGAAGAAUGCUGCUGCACAUCUUGUGUGCUCACCUGCGUGGUAAAAAAACGGGUGGUAAAUCAUGUGACCAAUGCAGCAGUUGGUUUUACCCAUUGGACUUGGUUCUUCAGGUUUCCGGGUCAGAUAUGAAAGCGGCCAUCCUCUGACCAUAUGUCUGUUGGAUAUUGUUGUUCUUCUAAGCUGACAUUUGUUCUGAAAAAAACUGGGAAGGAUGACACUGCUAUCUCUAAGUUUAGACAAUCCCCCCAUCCCACGGUUGACCAGAAGAAGUAAAUUUGGAUCUGUGCAUCCGACAAUAAAUUAUUCUGUUUUCUUUGGUACGUAGUACUACGUAUAUUGUAUGGCUAUUUGUAAUGGAAAUAAUAAAAAUGUUAAAAAUAGGUAUUUUAGGAAGAGUGAAUGGAAAAGUUGGGGUGGGAUCCAAUCCCCC